AUGAUGUCCUCUGUGGCACCGCAGCCCCUGAAGGUGGACGCUUCAGAGAACGACCCAGACCUCCAAGCCAAGCAGCAGGCGGGGCUGCUGGCGCUCGCCGCCCGCACGCUCGCCCUUCCCCUGGGCCGCGGCGCUGCGGCGCUCGGCACGCUGCGCGCGCUGCCCGGGGAGCCGCUGCGGCCGCCGCCGCUGUGCCUGUCAGGGCUCGCGUCGGAGGCGCCGCGCUGCGUGGUCGCGCUGGACCUGGCAAAUGCAACAGCGGCUCCAGGUGCCGGCGCGGCGGCCGAGCUGACUGCCUGGCCCGAGUUCCACAAUGGCGUCGCCAGCGCCCUGAGCCUCGCGACCGUGAGCCCUGCAGCGAGCGGCGGCGGCGGGGCGGCCGGCGGCGUGUUUGGGCGCGCCUGGGUGGACGUGGCGCGGCAGGACGGCCCCAGCUAUGCGCAGGCUGGGCUGCUUAUGGCCCUGGGGCUGCGGGGCCAGCUGGAGCAGCUGACGUGGACGGACCUCUACAGGCACCUGUCCUUCCAGCACGACGCCACCACCAUCGCCGUGUGCCUCGGCAUGGCCGCCGCCAAGCGCGGCACGAUGGACGCCACUGUCGCGCGCAUGCUGUUCCUGCACCUGCCGGCGCGCCACCCCAACAGCUUCCCGGAGAUCGAGCUGUCGCCCCUGGUGCAGGCGGCGUCCCUCAUGGGCACCGGGCUCCUGUACCAGGGCAGCUGCCACCGCCUUAUGGCCGAGACGCUUCUCGAGGAGAUCGGGCGGCGGCCAGGGGUGCCGCCGCCGCCCGGCUCGGGCGCGCGCGGCGGGGCCUUCACCGGGUACGGCUGGCACGGCGCGGCCGGCGCGGGGCGCCCCGCCGGCGCGCCGCCCGCGGCGCUGCAAGGCGUCACCCACAACAGGCGCGCGCGCGCGUGCGUGCCUGCUGCUGCUCCCGAGGUUGUUGAUUUGCUGCGGGUGGAGCAGGGCGGGCUGACGGGCGGCUCGCGGCUGCACGUUUCGUCUGCGUCGGUGUCAGGGGCCGUCUAUCUUGCCGAUCCAACGCUGAAGCUCUGA